AUCCCUCUACAAGAAUCAUUAUCCAGCUCAUCUCUCUUUACAAGAAACCUCAAUCAGGGGGACUUCCGCUCAAAAGAGAGAAGUCAUCGAGCCACGGCGCGUGCAGACGUUGCGCUCUAUCGCAGCGCUCAGAGCGGCUACACUCGUCUACUAAGUCUCAUCGUGUACCCCACUCAACGGCGGACGUCGCAGCCAUGAGCGGUGUGGAAAGUUUGUUGCUAGAGAGCGAUGAAGAGGAUCUGGGGGAGUUGGAUCUGUCGGCCAUCACGCUAGAGGAGAUCCUGCGCGAAGAAGAGCUGGCCAAUAAGAGCGCAGAGGACACAGAUGGCUCCUCACAGGACGGAGAUGACCUGUUCUUCGCGCCCGCCACCUUCACGCUUAAUAUCGAGCCAGGACCAGGCAUGGACGUGAUCCCAGCGCCUAAAGCCGCGCCUCCCACGACUACCAAGACCGAAACGCAAUUCCGUACGCCCUUAGAGAUCGCUGAAGCGAGAGAGAAGCAGCUACUGAGCUGCGUAGGGGUGGAGCUCAUCUCCCCACUGCAAGUGAAGCGUCGACUACGUGCCCACGCUCGCUCCAAGGCCCUAAAAUCUCGACGAGAGGGGCUUGUAGCCAUGAAGAAGAACCAGAGGAAGAAGCAGAUCGCAGAAGGAGCAGGAACAGCUGCAGUCGCAGCAGAGAAGAAGUCCACGGGCGUGGUCAAAGUGGAGCCAAUGGAGGCUAUCAGUCGCCAACUGAGAAAGAAUAUCGAGUUUAAGGAAUACGGCCCUGGCUCCCCCACUGUGGUGGCUAUUCACUCCAAGUUCAUUGCUAUUGGAACGUCCAAGGGGCUGGUUAUUAUCUUCGACCACUUCCAGAACAUCCGACAGGUGCUGGGCAACACAAACGACGCAGAUGGAGACGGCCCCGUCACGGCUGUGGACGUGUCGCCCGGUAGUGACUAUUUGGUGUGUGGAUACCAAAGCGGACGCAUCGUAUUGUGGGAUAUGAUCAAAGGAACGUCACUGAAGGCUGUGUCGGACGCCCAUGAGAACCCUGUAGUGAGUCUCCGCUUCUUGAAGGACCAGAAGCCUGUGCUGGUCUCUGUGGACACCAACGGAUUGGUGAACAAGCUCAACUUCUCGAAAAUGAUGGGAAUGGUGUACGUAGUCGACGUGGAUCCGCUCUAUGAUGGAUCAGCGGGCAAAAUUCUGUCCAUUUCGGUACUGCCGCAGUCUGCCGGUAAUGCCAAGAUCUCGUACCUCACAGACCAGUAUUGUCUUGCAGCAUUGAGCACUGAAACAGUGACGUUCGUCAUCGCUAUCGAGCCUGAAGUUCGUGUGAUUUACCGCUGGGCGCGACCUGAUGACAUUGCGCCGGAUGAUCCUGUACUGCCGACACUGGCAUUCGCUUGGAUUUCGUUCCCUGGCAGCUCGAGAGCUCUCGCUCCGGUGCUGGCGCGUGGCUGGGGCAACCGUGUGCAGUUCCUGGAAGUGGUGUUCCCUGGUGGCAAGAACCACUCGCAUGCGCGUCAUGGCUUCCCUACGUUCGACGAACACGACCAGAUCGAGUCUUCAAGCGCUGUUAUGGCAGUUCAAUGGCUGGGUGAUCAGGUGGUGGUGUAUCUGAACUCGCACGAUGAAAUCUGCGUGUACGACGUGAUGUCGCGUCAAGAACUGGAGAUUGUGGACGUUUCCUCGCUGGAGCUGGUGUUCGCCUCUUAUCGUGGCAAGAACGCACGUAGUUUCUCCAACAGUUUCCGUGGUUGUUACAAUAUUUUGUACCUGCUGGGUCUCAAGGAGCUGCAGACGGCUCGUGUGCUACCGUGGACGCAACGUAUCGAUUUGCUAGUGGACGAUGGCGAGUGGCUCGAGGCUCUCGCACUCGCUUUGGAUCACUAUGAGGGAUUGAAGAUCGCUGCGGCUGACCGUGCAGCACGUGACCGAUUCCCGCCUGUAUUCUUCCGUGACAAGCAGAACGACCAGUGUCUCGUGGACAUCCUGCACAUGUGUCAGACCAAUCAGCGUACUGGCGAGAAGGAGGAUGUGUUUAGACACGAAGAAAGUGCCGACGAAGUGCGUUGGGUGUGUGGUGAGGUGCCGUAUCCGCCUGAUAUUGCCAAGAAGCUGGAAGAAACGCUGCAGAAGGCUCGUAGUGGUGAAGUGACCAAGAAUUUCGUGCCUAUCAGUGUGGCUGAGCGCGUCGCUGAUCUGCUCAUGGAGUACGUGCGUCUUGCCAUUGCCAAUGCACCGGGUUCUACAGCUGCUGCGGGUGGCGAACUGAGUCUCAACAAGAUCGGAAUGAAGCUAGACUUGGCAAAAAGCCACUAUCAGAUGCUGGCGGGUGUUUGCAUCGAGUACUGCGCUCUUAUCGGACGCACAGAUCUUCUAUUUGGUGAGAUCUACACACGCUUCAAGGACGCUAACAAGCUCAGUGUGCUUAUCGAGUUGCUGGAGCCGUAUAUUCUGUCCGAAAAGCUACGAAACCUCUCCCCGGUGGCGAUGGAGGAGUUUGUUCACCACUUUAGUGCCCAAGGAAAGCUCGCUCAAGUGGAACAAUGUCUGCUUCAUCUGAAUGUGGCAGAACUAGACCUGGACACGAUCCUCAAGCUUUGUCAUGACCACGAGCUGUACUCAGCUCUCAUCUACAUCUAUAACGAAGGCAUGGACGACUACACGACACCGAUUGAUGUCCUACUGGAGGCCUGUUCCGACGCGAAGGCAUCAAAGGCGAAGCCAACGUCAGAGCCGACCGCUCGAACUACUCGCGCGCCAUCUGGAAGCCGUGUGAGCAGUCUGGCAUCAGCGUUCGGAGGUACGACUCGAACUGCUAGCUCGAAGAUCUCAAUCGCUAAACCUGCAGCUUUGUCAGCACGUGAGAAAGCUGAAGAAGAAGCUCUCAGUGGUCCCCGACGCCGGCGUUUGUUUGGUUACAAGUUGCUGCUGUACAUUUCGUACGCGUUGAGUGGUCGUACGUUCCCGAAGCAUGAGCAGAUUUCUCCUUUGAAGCUAGGAAAGGUGCGUUCGCAGAUCUGCUACCACUUGUUCGAAAAGGCAGUGCCAGGAUCGACAAACCCGCGUCCAUUCCCCCGUCUGGAGUCUCUUAUCGACUUGGAUGCACGCGAGUUGUUCAACAUUAUGGGACGUAUGUUCGACACGCCUAGUGUGGAGUUUGAAGGCGAAAAGAAGGAUGGAUCUGAUCGCCCUACCAGCCGAUACGACUCAGCUCGUAAUGCUGAGAUGACCAAGUGUCCUAGUCGCCUGUCGAUUGUGUUGUCGCUUGCAGAAGUCAUUUUUGGCCCCAAGAGUCCGUUCAGUUCGGUAGAGCACGCUCACUUCUUUAUGUUUGAAGCCAGAUUGCUCAGUGGAGGAUCGAUUGAGCCACAGGAGUACGCGGAUGCUCGUGCGCAGGCUAUUGGUGAUGCUGGCUCGACCGACGGAGCGUCUAUGAUGGAUUCGCUGAUGAACUUCCUCGCUCUUGGCCCAGCGUCGCUGCUUUCGAACGGCUCGUCGGCUGUUUCGGCCGAAACCUCACAAGAGGAAGGCUUUGACAAGGCUGGUCGUGAAGCUAUGCUGGUGCGUCUAUUGACGAAGUUGAAUAAGGCGACAUACAACCACGAGGCGCUGUUGGCAAGUGUCAUCCGAGAGAAGAUGAACCGCGCGGCGGUCUUGUUGUACAAGGACAAUGGCGACUUCGCCCAGGCGAUUGCUUCGUAUCUGGCUGACGAGGAUCACGAGUAUCAGAUGAACGCGUUCAGUUACAUCCGCAUGGAGACCGACAAGGCCGUGGAUGGGGAAGACAUGGAGAUGCGUGACAGUAACGGAGCUGAGCCUACUCGUCGUCGUCGCAAGGUUAUUGAAGAAGCUGUACUGACCCACGCUCCAGCCCUCAUGAAGACUGAUGGCUAUGCGUUCGUGACGCUCAUCUUGGGCCAGUUCCCGAACUUGAACAACAAGGUCAUCCAGAAGUUCCUGUCGAUGGGUAAAGAGGGCUCCAAACUCGAAUUCUUGUACCUCAAGCAGGUGCUCAUGGCCUCGUCGACUACGAAUGGAGGCAGCAGUGAUGAAGCUGAUGUUGUCAAGGAUCUACUGGAACGCUCCAAGCUGCGUAUUGCUGACGAUCCUGCCGUCCAGGAGCGAUUUGUGCGCCUUCUGUGCGAGUUCGAACCUGCCGGCGUCUUCCCGUACCUCGAAUCCCACGACAGCUACAAGGUGGAUGCGUGUCUGCGGCUAUGCAAGGAGUUCGCUAUCACAGACGCUGAAGCGUAUCUGCUUGAGCGUACAGGCGACGUCACCGGUGCGCUGACGCUUAUUCUGCAGAGUCUGGAGCAGAAACUCAAGAUCCUUAAGCCAGCUUUGCGCGGAUACAACGUCUCGGCUGUGUCUUCGUCGUCGACUGGAGCUUCGGACAUGUUAUCGAGUGCUGCUGGGGGUUCCAGUAGCAGCAAUGGCGCUGCAAGACACCAGUCGUCUGACCGUAUUAUUGACAGUGUACAAGAGGGCAAGGACGCCAUGAAGACGUUGGAGGUGGCCCUGACCAUGUGUCAGCGUAACUCGCUGCGUAACCGUGACGAGCAGGCUGAGAAGCUUUGGUUUACGCUACUAGACAAGCUAUUACGUAUCCAGAACUCGGUGAAGCGCAGUCUGAGCUCCAAGAGCUCGUCUCGUAACGUUCCCGUCACUCGGACCCACAGCAGUGGUGGCAACAGCGGCCACGGUGCGAUGACGGCUUUCCAAGUGGCUCUGAACGAGAUGAUCCGCUUCAUUCUGGAACGUAUGGCGUCGUCUGUGUCGCUCAAGUCGAUCCUGUUCAAGAUUACGAACGAACACGGCCGUGGCGCCUUUGGAGAUUUCCGGCCAACGAUCUUCGGUAUGUUGGACACGUACAACUACGAGCAGAACAUUUACCAGACAGCAAAUGCGCUUAUUAGCGUGGAUCUGUUCGACCAGAUCACGACGCUGAAGCGAGCCAAGUCUCGUUGCUAUGCGCCCCCUUCGAAUGUGUGUGGAUACUGCCACGUUGCGCUGUCGAAACCUCCCUUUGGUAUGGGCCAAUCUGGAGCUCCUGGCACGGAGAAAUGGCACCUCCAUACGUCCAUGGUCCUCGUCAUGUCUGGUCAGACUUUCCACGAGUCUUGUGGCAAGGCCUGGCAACAAGGUGUGGACACCAAGACGCCGGCUGCUCGUGGUAACCCUCCAGGAAAACUCUCGAGGAACCAGAGCUCAAUCAGCAGCAUCACUAGCGACGGAUUGGCGGAAGAUGAAGCAGGCAGUCGUCUUCAACGCAAACAGCCGAGUACAAGACGGUACCUGGCACGAUUGAAGACUCAGCGUCGUGCGUCGAGACGACAGGUAUCGCCUCACGUUGUGCUGGAGAGUCUCAUUCGUGAGGACAAUGGUCGUAACAAGUACCUCAAGAGCUCUCGCGCCGUGUUCUCGUUGCGUCCAGACCCAGAGGUGGCGGCUAGUAAGGUCAAGAAGCGUCUGGGAACGCGCAAGUCUGGAUCGCUCCCGGUGGCCCCCAUUCAGAAGGGCAGCAUCUAAGGUAAAGAGGAUACUGACGAGACUGUGUUUAAACACUUGUUCAUGUUUUAGGGAUAACAAGGAAUGGAAUGGAUCCAUGGGACCGAUGGAUCAAAUGUGCUUAGAUA